UGUCAGGGUUCAGAAUUUGCAACUGCAUUUGGUUUUUUGUAUCCCAGUUCCUUCAUGGCUGCACUGAUCUUUAUUUAGUCCAUGGUGUAUUAGGUGGCAGACUGGCUUACAUGUUUUUAAUAACUAUAGUGCAAUGAUUUGAAGAUCAGUGUGUGAAUUUCUGAGACCCACUUACAAGAUGCAGCUAUUGGCAACAGCAGGAUUAUGGGAGAUUUCCUGGGUUUUAUUUGCAAGCUUUGGUUGAAAAUCUGUUCAGAGGAGCACACUCCAUGUGUGCCUUUGGAUAUACAAGGAAGCCUAUAUUCUGAUGUCUGGAGCCCUAUGCCUUGUGGUGAAGAAAGUACAGAGUACUUAACUUCUGGAUCAACUCCUCUUGAGCAGACUUCCAUGCAGCAGCAGCAAAACCAAAUAAACCUUAAGAAUCUAGUUCUUAGCAGAUAAGAGCUCUUAAAUGAGCAUGUUUUAUGGCGAAAAUACAAAUCAAUACUGUCUGUCUUGUACCACCAACUUUCAUCCUUCAGAAAAAUAAGCAAUUAAUAUUUAUCAUGGGCGAUGUAAACAGAAUUCCAGAUACCCACACUGAAUGUAGAUAAUCACUUUUUUUAGAUAAUCCAUAAUGAAGUUUAUCCCUUAAUCUUAUUUUUUUUUAAAUCUUUCAGAAGUGAUUCUGCAAGGUUAUAGCAUGUUGAAGGAAUACUUUAACUUUUUAAAUAAAAGAAGUCAUUUUAAUAUCACUUCAGUAGUGAGAAACUGUCUUGUGGAAAACAGAGAUCGGUUGCCAAUAAGAUAUUUUGUUCAUGGUUGGCAUACAGGAUUUAUUAUGGGACUGAAGUAAUUCCUGUAGUGGGGGUGAUUUUGUCCUCUACCCAUCAACAGUCCUAGAACUCAGCUUGUGAAGCGCAUUACUGCAAAAUGUCAAACUGUCUGCCAUUUUGACAGUUAGCAAGCUGUAGCAGGAAAUCCAAGAGCCGCGAAGUCUACCCCUCUCAGCUGCCAGUGUUAAGCACUCUAUCUUGGACUAGGAACAAGGACAAUAGCCUCUUGAACUUAGCUAGUUCACUAAGGGGUUGUACCUCAACCAUCAAUAACUGCUACAACUGCGGGGUUAGUGCUUAAGUAUGCGGGGGCGGGGGGAGCGGGUAGGGAACAUGCCUGGGAAAACAGGCAUCUUCAACCAUGCUGUCCCUGACUUGCUGAAGGAGCCCCAUGCAGCUAGCGAUUGGGUUCAUUUUCCCUGCAUCUCAAAUAAUUCCCAGGGACCAGCAGGGCUCCUGGUGUUCCGGCCCCCUGAACGUUGUUCUUCCCCAGCUGCAGUGCUAGGAGGAGCUGGGGCAGAAGCGGAGCCUGCCAUGCCCCAGGCGCUGAUGGGCUGGAGGCAGAGGAGUUGCCCUGUCUUCACGGUGAGGCAGAGGCGAGUAGCUCUGUGCUGCUAGGGCGCCAGCUCCAGGCCGAGUCCGGGUUUCACUGCGGUAAAAGCAGGCAGCGCUGGAGCUGCAGGCGCUGACCAGGCACGGCCCCCCCUACAGCCCAGUGGCGCUGUGGGCCGCACCCACGUGCUGAGCAUCUCUGGGCCGGUCCCGUACCCGGCCUCAGCAGGGGGUGGCACUGAUGGGGCGUGCGGGAGUCGGGCCGAAACCCUGCAUCCUCCACCGCCCGGUGGCUCCCUGGGGCUGGUGCAGCUCGAAACUGCUCGCCGCCGCCUCGUGCUGCUAUAGCCGCGCGCUGAUGUCACCUGCCGCCCGGGGAUCGCAGGUCUCCUCCCCGGGGCUGGGGCUGGGGCUGCGGCUGCGAACGGCUCUCCCUGUCUCCUGCAGCCCGCUGGCGGGGCCCAGCCCAAUGGCUUCCCCCCUGGGCAGCCCUCUCAGCGCGGGGCAGAGGCGGACAGGAGCAGGAGGCCUGGCUCCGAGCCCCAGCUCGGCCAGGAAGGAUCCGAGCGUGGAGCAGCAGCUCACGGUGGCUCUUCGGAUACGUCCAAUCAAUGAAGCUGAGCUGGAGGAAACUGCUGCUAUCAUAGCCCACAGAGUGGGUGACCAGAUGGUGGUUCUGAUGGACCCAAGUGAAGAUUCAGACGACAUCUUGCGAGCCAAUCGAUCCCGAGAGAAGACAUUUAUAUUUGAUGUGGUUUUUGAUCACAAAGCGACCCAGGAGGAGGUGUACGUGUCCACGACCAAAAACUUGGUGGAAGGAGUCAUUUCUGGAUACAAUGCAACCAUUUUUGCAUAUGGCCCAACAGGGGCAGGGAAAACCUACACUAUGCUAGGGACAGACUGUGAUCCUGGGAUCUACAUCCGCACCCUAAAUGACCUCUUUAAAGCCAUUGAGGCAACCAGUGACAACAUGGAUUAUACCGUCUCCAUGUCGUACCUAGAGAUUUAUAACGAAGUGAUCCGUGACCUCCUGAAUCCAUCCUCUGGAUUCCUAGACCUCAGAGAGGAUGCUAGGGGUAGCAUCCAGAUAGCAGGAAUUACUGAAGUCUCCACUACAAAUGCGCCGGAGAUCAUGCAGCUGUUAACAAAAGGAAACAAAGAACGCACUCAGGAACCCACUGCUGCCAACAAGACAUCUUCCCGCUCACAUGCAGUCCUCCAGGUCACAGUGAAACAGAAGAGUCGGGUGAAGAAUAUUAAUGAGGAAGUGCGAGUGGGAAGGCUUUUCAUGGUUGACUUGGCAGGGUCUGAGAGAGCAGCCCAGACUCGGAACCGAGGCAAGAGAAUGAAGGAGGGAGCUCAUAUCAACCGCUCGCUGCUAGCUCUGGGGAACUGCAUCAGUGCCUUGAGCGAGAAGGGAGGAAGUCGGGCCCAGUAUGUCAAUUUUCGAGACAGCAAACUGACACGCUUGUUGAAGGACUCAUUAGGGGGGAACAGCAGGACAGUUAUGAUUGCCCACAUCAGUCCUGCCAGCAUCUACUUUGAAGAAUCGCGAACAACCUUGAUCUAUGCUUAUCGAGCAAAAAACAUCAAGACAAGGGUAAAACGCAACCUGCUGAAUGUCUCCUAUCACAUUGCACAGUACACCAGCAUCAUUUCAGAUUUACGCAGGGAGAUUGAGGGUCUGAAGGCAAAGAUUGAAAAUCAGGAAAAGGAGAAGAGUGCCGUCAGCUCUGGCCUCAGGGAUGUACAAGUGGAGGCACAUCAGGAUUCGGAGGCGUACAGCCAGCAAGAGAUGAACAAGUUACGGGAGCAGUUGAUAGGGGCUUUCAAGGAGCAAAUGGAGAUGCGCCGCAGCCUCAUGGAGCUGGAGAACACCAACACUGAGCUACACAUUGAUACCUCCAGGCAUUUGCUAACGAUUGCCGACUGGGAACGAGAGAAGACUCAGCAUGCUCGGAAGUGUUAUAACAAGCUGGUGAAUGGAAAGGAAGAUGAAAACAUGGAGGAGGCAGACAGAGAAGUAGAGGGGCCAAGUUCCCCUGAACCUCAUGAAGUCACUGUAGCAAGAGAGGAGAUCAACAUGCUGUUGGCAGAGCUGCGAAAAACAGCAACCUUAAAGUCGGAGCUGGAGCAGCGCUUAGCCAAUGCCAAGAAAAAAGCCUCCCAGAUGGAGAAGCUGUUACCCAAACAAAUCACCAGUGAGGACCAGCGAGAGGUGCUGAGGCUUCUCUGCAAGGCUCAUGAGCUGGAGGUGGGGAACACGGAGUUGCAGGCAAAUGCCUUGUACAAGGAGAAUUUGCUGUGCCAAAAGGAUUUUGUCAUCCAGCGGCAGCAGCAGCACGGACUGCUCUGCGAGGAAAUCAUUCAGCAGCAGCAAAUGCUGAUCAAAGGCCGUGACAUCCCUGUCCCAGAGACGCUGGGGACGCUGUAUCAACUGCACUGCCGUGAACUAGAGGAGGGGACCCUGACCCGCCUGCUCCUGCUUCACUCCGUAAUGUCCAGCACGCUGAGGGGUGGCUCUGCUCUGAAUAUAGCUCAGCAGCUGGACCUAAACAAAGAGGCCAGAAAAGGGCUGUCUGGCAACAGGAAGGGUCUUCCUUCUGGAGCAAAGUUUGAGCUUCCGUCUGUUGUCUUGGAGUCAGACAGUGACAGCUACAGAUCAUCUAAAACAACACCUACUAGGAAACUGGGGAACCCAGAUACCCAUCUCAGCCCUACAUUCUUUCGCUUGCCAAGAACCCCACUGCACCAGCAGAAAUCAACUGGUGUUGCUGUAGGAAAGAUGACCUCCAAGCUAUGUUCCCCCACUUCCCUGGACUUAAAUAGGAGAAAGUCAGCUGCAGAGAUCGCUCUUGCGCCACUGAGUCUGGAGGCCCUGACAGAGAUUGCUGUUAGCACCAAAAGCAUCUCCCGCAUUGCAGCCAGUCGGCGUUCCAGAGCCCGACAUAGAGACCAUGGGAGUGAACUCACCUCAGGGCAUUUCUUUGAGGAGGAUAUAUUGGAGCCGAAAUAUCUGCAGUCCAGCUUCACUCCAGAGCCUCAUGUGAAAGGCACUGUGAGUAUUGAGAGCCUCUCAGCAGAGUCUCAGAGAAAGGAGCAGCUGCACUACACAGCCAGGAGAGAACUGAAGAAGGAUCAAGAACGAGAGAACUCAGUUGAGAGGAAAGCCAGGAAGAAAAGAUCUCGUUCCCUUGAACCAACCUCGCAAAAGAUCUCGAAAGCAAAGCAUCGGACUCCCUCGAGCCACAAUAUGGACAAUGUUUCUGAGGACCAGCUGCCCCGAGCUAAACUUUUCCAGCCGUUGAAGAUCAUGAGCAAUUUAUCCCAUGGCACUCCUGCCGCCACAAAGGUCAAAUUCCCCACCAGUCACCAUACAGAAGAGAAUCCAUUACAGGUGCUGGAAAUAAGCAACACUCCCCCAAGCACCGUUCAGCAGAGCAAUGCAGGUCAGACCAGAGGCCAGGUCCUACAAAAGCGGGUCAAAGGGCCCAUAGAUGGUGCCAGCAACCAGCCGAAGAACUUCAAGAACCUGCCGAGGUCAAAAUAAAAUCACCAGGGAGAGCAAGAUUCCAUCUGUUCUCGAGGGACCAGGACUACAGGAGUACUAAAAAGUAGGGAGGCUUUUUCUUAAGACGCAUUUUAAGCAGUAUGCUCUGAGGCUGGGAAGUGGAAGGGGAGGUGUGCACACUGCAUUGGUGCUUUCUCCACAGCCUCUCUACAGGUUUUUUUUUCUUUUUCUUUUUUUUUUUUUGCACUGUGCUCCAGCUGUUAGUUUCCUUUAAGAUGAACUGUGGAUUCUUUUGUUAAUAACAUGCAAAAGAAAAGGAAACUCCAUUUGUCCAUCAGCACUCUUAGUCCAGGAGACAGCAGUAUGGAGUCCACCAUGUGGGAUUCUGCAUGCAGCACAUCCUCUCUUUUCUGUGGAAAGCUCCCACACAUGUGGGGGGGUGUGGGAGGCUAUUUAAUUAUUAAAAGAAAUUGCACACUCUUUUGAAGUAGCCCCUGCCCCCUUCUCCGAGGUUUAUACACAUUGUCUUGGAGCUGGAAAAGGUGAAGCCUAUCUGGAAUGCUGCUCAGCUGAGCGGAUGUUUGGCAGUGGGAGCAGCCAGCGGCAUUCUAAGCGCUUGGCCACGUGCAGAGCAUUUCACAUCUGAUAGGAGUGUGAAAAAGAGGUUUGGUGGCUGGCAGAGACUUUGUUAUGAGCUGGGUUGGAGGUGAACAAAGGCAAUGUGUUUUUCUUCUUAAAAACCAAACCCCUCUUUCCAGCAGUUCUCCCUCUGGUUUCUUGGAGGGACAUGCAUUUUGUAAAUCAAUACUAGACUUACCAUUUUCCUUUCUUGGCCCUGUUAUUUUCUUCACGUUGCAAAUAAAGUGGCACAGGGUGGCCAUUCCAUUGAAUAAAUGUUGCCUUUAUUUCCCCAAUAUGAAUAGCUUCUCUCCACACCCACUUUGCCACCUGCUUGGUAGUCAGUGCAAGCAUGUAAGGAAAUGUCAUCUUUAUGACUUCAUUCAGUUUCAAGGGGGACGUAAAUUGUGAAGGGUCUUUGUGCAGCUAAAGCACAGGACAGUGGAGUCAGGAUGCUUAGAUACCGUCCCCAAUUCGACCACUAAUUUACUGUGCAACAUUAGGCAUGUUACUUAACCACUCUGGCCCUCUGUUUCCACAUCUGUCCAUUAGGGAUAGUAACAAUCCACUACUUCACCUUGGAUUGGGAGGCUUGAUUUGAGAUUCUUGAAUGGAAUGCAAUACAAGUGCAAAGUAUGUAUUAUGAAGAAUUAUUCACUAUUUCAACAGAAUGUAAUAAGGGCUGAUGGACACUCCUCUUUGAGUUCUGCUAAAGAGCAGAAAGCCUGAUGAGUCACACUGUAGACAAGAGAAGCCAGGAGAACUUGCAAAGAAAUAAAAAGCACACCUAGAUAAAAUAAGCCCAGACCAUGUGAAAAUAAACCCAUUCCAGCAGGCCUUGAGCCA